GACUACAGGGCUCGCCGUAGAGCUCAAGUGCUGUCACCUGACCGAAUUGACCCUUUCAUGGAUGGCUGUGUCCUCUCAACAAGGCGUCGCUCACAUGAUCAUGAGCCUCUCUGUCUGCUUACUGCUUAGCGCUCUUAGGAAUCUCGGUGAUAGUGGCUAGGAGGUACUGUUCAAGCCCCCGAGCCUGGCUUCUGAACACUAGUGUAACGGAUGGCGGUAACUCAUCUAUUGCUUGCCUUGCAGCGUCAUGCGUCAUGUUUCAUCUCGUUAAGCGUAAGAUGGCCACCCUUUACUUGAAAAUAAUUUUUGUCUUAGACAUUUUAUCCAAUAUGAAACUCUGAUACUUAUGGAGUUUACCCUUGAAUCGAAUUCCAAGCUCGAGAAACCAAAGCUGUAAAUAUUUUUGCAAAGUCUUGAUUUGAUGAAUUCAGAUCCUGGCUCGAUUUGGGAUUAUAGGAGUCACAAACCAUUCUUUGCCUGACUGUUCAUGAAGCCAGUUGCUCUUGAUAUUCUGUGUAGUCUUGUUCUUAUAUCUGAGAAAAGAUUUCAAGCAACAUCUCGCUAAAGCCAUAUGAAAUUAUUACCGUACUGACUAAUUUCCCGUCUUUGCUCGAGUAAACAUUCUUCUGGCUUUCUUAAAUAUGUCUUAAUUGAUUAAAAGUUUACGUUAUGAUCAAGCCAAUGCUCACCACUGGAAGGAAAUUAUAUACUUACAUGACGUCAACUAUUUCUUUAAUCUGGAGUUGGUUUUAUAUAAAGUUUGUUCGUUUUGACUAUUUACCAAAAUCCCGGCUGAAUCACAUGUCAUUGCAGUGGUAGUAGAGCAGACAUAUAAGAGAGGCUCUCAGGUAACUAUUAGGGAUAGAUUCCCUGUGACUCGAUAUCGGCUCCAUUUUUAUGGACUGUGAUAUUCAUACGUUGUGUAGGUAGGCCUGUAGCGUGUGAAUGAAGAGUGCCUGCACAAACUACCGAAAAUUACUAAUCACAAAGCUUAUUUCUAGGCAAUCAACUAGCAUCCCUGAACAAGGGUGCGAUCAGCGGAGUGGCGUUUGCAGACACGUACGUACUGUAGUGCAUCAGCACAGCUCUGGCAUCGCGGGGCGUAGCGAUCACAUAAAAUUUCUGGUGUUGAAGCUGUUCUUUGAUACGCUUCAAUUGCUUAUUUUGGCUAUUGAAAUUCUACUAGCCAGUGAAUUACGACGUCUAAUUUAAUUAAUUGCUAAGAGAGUCUUCCUAUUUGAAUCUUCUGCAACAAUUUGCCAGCAUCGCCAUUCAUUCAAACAGAAUAGUGGCAAUAAUUUUUCAAGUUUGGUCCUUGUAAUUGCUGAAGUGAAGCAGUAAAGACGAAUUUCUGUUGAAGAGUGCUGUGUGCUCGAUAAAAAAACACUCCCGUGCUGCCAGAGCUGUUUGGUAAGGUAAAGCAAAGCUGUUGAUUAAGCUGACCUCUUCUCUUCCUUCAUGCAGAUUACACAAUCUCUCUUUUAUAAUCAUUAUCUUCAUUUAUCCCUUUCAUUUCUCUUUGAAAUUCUUUUUCAUCAACUCCCCAACCUAAGCCGAUCUGAAGUCAAGCAAUUUGCUUUAUCAUCUAGUUAUGGCUCAAAAAUGUUUCUGUCAUUCCCCUCAUUUCUCUGCCUUGUUGCAAAUCAUUCAACACUUUUUUCCUUCUCUUCUCAGCUUUUUAAAUUAAGUUUAAAAUUUUACUAUAGAUUGAUGGUAUAAAUGUGCCUUGGUUUUACAGGUGGAAAGACUCCUGAGGUCAAUGCCCGCACCUAUGCCCAGAUCAUGCGGGAGCAGAUGCUCAAAGGAGAGGAGCACGCUCUCCGCAAGACCAUCGUGGACCGCGCCAAGGACGGCACGCUCGAGGUAUCCGACACCAGCAAGGCUGCGGCAGCGGCUCCUCGUAAGCGUGGUCGUUGGGACCAGACUACUGGUGACACGCCUACGCCAGGCCACCAGGCGGGACCUCCUUCUAAGAAGAAAACGUGGGAAGCUGAGACUCCAAACGUAGCACGCUGGGAAGAGACUCCCGGACGGCAGAAGGGAGGUGAAACUCCCGGUGCAACGCCCAGCCAGAGCACGAGAAUGUGGGAGGCCACGCCUGGGCAUGCAACUCCAGGACGUGAAACUCCUGGUCACACAACGCCUUCCGCACGCAGGAACCGAUGGGAUGAAACCCCCAAGACGGAUCGUGGUGAGACGCCGGGACACAACAGCGGCUGGGCUGAGACCCCUCGCACUGACCGAGGUGCUGCAGACCUGAUACAGGAAACUCCGACUCCCGCUGCUAGCAAACGGCGGUCUAGGUGGGAUGAAACCCCUGCAGCGCAGACCCCUGGAGCAACCCCAUCAGGCGCAAUGACUCCUACCACACCGCACACCCCUAGUAUGACGCCGGGGAUGAUGACACCUGGAGGAACCACGCCUGGAAGUGCAACUCCAGGUGGUAUCACACCAGGAGGCACAACCCCCAUCGGGCCUAGAGCUAUUGGUAUGGCUACACCCACUCCGGGUCAGCUCCUGAACAUGACACCUGAACAAAUCCAUGCCUUCAGGUGGGAGCGUGAGAUCGAUGAACGCAAUAGACCAAUGACAGACGAAGAGUUGAACUCUCUAUUUCCUCCCGGCUACGAGAUAUUGUCCCCUCCUCAGGGUUAUGUGCCCAUAAGGACUCCUGCUCGCAAACUAACGGCUACUCCAACACCAAUGAUUGGCACGCCUCAAGGCUUCUUCAUGCAAAAGGAAGGAAUGACUCCUAAACAUUCGGACGAAUCUCAGCCCAAAGGAAAUUUGCCACUUCUUAAACCUGAAGAUGCUCAGUAUUUCGAUAAACUCCUUCAAGAUGUUGAUGAGGAUAGCCUUCCUCCUGAAGAGCAGAAAGAGAGACGUAUUAUGAAGCUGCUUCUUAAAAUAAAGAACGGAACUCCUCCCAUGCGCAAAGCGGCUCUUCGUCAAAUUACCGAUAAGGCGCGUGAGUUUGGUGCUGGCCCAUUAUUCAAUCAAAUUCUUCCAUUGCUCAUGUCCCCUACUUUGGAAGAUCAGGAGCGGCAUUUGCUCGUCAAGGUCAUUGAUCGUGUUCUCUACAAAUUGGAUGAUCUGGUACGUCCAUACGUCCACAAAAUUCUUGUUGUUAUUGAACCACUUCUAAUUGAUGAAGACUAUUAUGCUCGUGUCGAGGGCCGAGAAAUCAUUAGUAAUCUGGCGAAGGCUGCUGGGUUGGCUACUAUGAUUUCCACCAUGAGGCCUGACAUCGAUAACAUAGACGAGUAUGUGCGUAACACAACUGCUCGAGCCUUUGCUGUGGUUGCUUCUGCCCUUGGUAUCCCAUCCUUGCUGCCUUUCCUUAAAGCCGUUUGUAAGAGCAAGAAAUCUUGGCAGGCACGUCACACGGGCAUAAAAAUUGUUCAACAGAUUGCUAUCUUGAUGGGAUGUGCUAUACUCCCUCACUUGCGUUCUCUUGUCGAGAUUAUAGAGCACGGACUUGGAGACGAACAGCAGAAGGUGCGAACCAUCACUGCUUUGGCUUUAGCUGCUCUUGCUGAAGCUGCCACGCCCUACGGUAUCGAGAGCUUUGACUCCGUGCUGAAGCCCUUGUGGCGUGGUAUUAGGCAGCAUCGAGGUAAAGGCCUUGCUGCUUUCCUCAAAGCUAUCGGCUACCUCAUCCCUCUCAUGGACGGAGAAUAUGCUGACUACUACACCAGGGAAGUGAUGUUGAUUCUCAUCCGAGAAUUCCAGUCGCCUGACGAAGAAAUGAAAAAGAUUGUACUUAAGGUCGUAAAACAGUGUUGUGCAACCGACGGCGUUGAGUCUGGCUACAUCAAGGAAGAAAUCCUCCCAAACUUCUUCAAACAUUUUUGGAAUCAUCGCAUGGCUCUCGACCGCAGGAAUUAUCGUCAAUUGGUUGAUACAACCGUUGAAAUUGCCAACAAAGUUGGCGCGUCUGAAAUAGUCAACCGAAUCGUCGACGAUUUAAAAGAUGAAAAUGAACAGUACAGAAAGAUGGUAAUGGAAACCAUUGAAAAAAUUAUGGCCAACCUGGGAGCUGCUGAUAUCGACUCUCGACUUGAGGAACAGCUCAUUGAUGGCAUUUUGUAUGCAUUCCAGGAGCAGACCACCGAAGACGUAGUUAUGCUCAAUGGUUUUGGUACGAUAGUAAACGCUCUCGGCUCGCGAGUCAAGGUUUACCUUCCUCAGAUUUGCGGUACAAUCCUCUGGCGUCUGAACAAUAAGUCUGCUAAAGUUCGUCAGCAGGCCGCUGAUCUUAUCUCCCGUAUUGCUGUAGUAAUGAAAACAUGUCAAGAGGAGAAGCUCAUGGGACAUUUGGGUGUCGUUCUCUACGAGUACCUAGGCGAGGAGUAUCCCGAGGUUUUGGGCUCCAUUCUUGGAGCUCUCAAGGGCAUUGUUAAUGUCAUAGGUAUGCACAAGAUGAAUCCCCCCAUCAAGGAUUUGUUGCCACGACUCACCCCAAUCCUUAAGAACAGACAUGAAAAAGUUCAGGAAAACUGCAUUGACCUCGUUGGUCGUAUCGCUGACCGUGGUCCUGAGUAUGUGGGCCCCAGGGAAUGGAUGCGCAUUUGCUUCGAACUUCUCGAGCUUCUCAAAGCCCACAAGAAGGCAAUUCGACGUGCCACUGUCAACACAUUUGGUUACAUUGCUAAGGCAAUUGGUCCUCAUGAUGUCUUGGCUACUUUACUUAAUAACCUCAAGGUCCAGGAGCGCCAAAACCGCGUGUGCACCACCGUGGCCAUCGCUAUCGUGGCUGAGACGUGCUCACCAUUCACUGUUCUUCCCGGACUUAUGAAUGAGUACCGAGUGCCGGAACUGAACGUCCAGAAUGGCGUUCUCAAGUCCCUCUCGUUCCUGUUCGAGUACAUAGGUGAGAUGGGCAAAGACUACAUCUACGCCGUCACUCCCCUGCUGGAAGACGCGCUCAUGGAUCGCGAUUUGAUUCACCGACAGACUGCGUGCGCAGCCAUCAAGCACAUGGCCAUCGGAGUGUACGGCUUCGGCUGCGAGGACGCCCUCAUCCAUCUCCUCAAUUACGUCUGGCCCAACAUCUUCGAGACAUCGCCUCAUCUUGUGCAAGCAUUUAUGGACAGCGUUGAAGGCCUCAGAGUCGCGCUAGGACCCCUCAAAAUCCUACAGUACGUGCUGCAAGGCCUCUUCCACCCCGCCCGCAAAGUGCGCGACGUCUACUGGAAGAUCUACAACAACCUCUACAUCGGCUCCCAGGACGCUCUCGUGGCCGGCUACCCGAUCAUCAACAACAUGGGGAACAACGUCUACACCAGAGAUGAACUUCAUUAUCUCAUUUAAAUUAACACUCGACUUCUGUAUGUGAUUGUUAGGGACUCCUGUAUUUACAAUUUAUCAUUUUUAAUCUUGUUGUAAAUUUAAUGCGGAAAUCUUGCGUAAAUGUAGAGCGUGAAAUCAAUGCUUCAGUUUUCAAGAUGUGUUUAUCGAGGCCUCAUAGCUUGAAAGGUAGGCCUUCAACUGAAUUCUUCAAUCUUCAAUUUAAGAAGUAUUCCCUUUGUGAUUAUGUAGAAAAGGUUAUUUCCUCAUAAUUAAGGACGGAAUAAACGUCCUGGAUGUGAAGCGGCAUCAAUUCGAGUGUUUUAAGUUGUCCGAGUCUUUAAUCUUAUCAUGCAAUUUUUUGGGUUAAAUGUAAAUAAUUUUCAUUUUUCUUCAGGAUAGCACUGAUAGCUUGAACAUUGUUCUACUCUGUCCAUGUUCCGAAAAUAUGUUCAACCUCCUUGAUGCUGUUUUAGUUAAUGGUUUAUUAAUGUUGAGCUUGCCUUCUUUGUAGCUUGAGAGUAAGUAGUACCUGUACAUAAUUUGUGCAUAUUUAUGAUUUUGUUCACAGAUUUGCAACUGGUUCUUUUCUAUGCCUGUUCUAAUAUUUCUAAGAAGAUCCUUUCCUAAUUGCUCCUUUACCCUUUACCUACUUGUGCGCUGGGAAUAUUUCGUGAACUCCUCAGUGCUUAAAUGUUUCAUGAACUGAUAUCCUUUUGAAGCGUGCUGCUUGUGCGUUCAAGCAUUGCGGGGUAUAGAAAACGGGGAUGAAUGACCACAUAUGUAUGAUUAUAACAAUAAAUGUGUUGCAAUUCUU